AAUACUCUUAAAAAUUGAGUAUCUCAAGAUAAAGUAAUUAACUAGAAAAUAUAAUUUAAGAAAUAAAAAAAACAAAUCUAAAAAUAGCUUAAAACCUUAUUUAUUGUAAAUUACAUUAGGAUUAAAUGCUAUAUUAGAAGGAUUAGCUAUCGGACUUGAAAAAGAUGGAUAAAAUGUUUAGUAUUAUUUGGAGCUGUUACUUUUACUAUAAAUGGUAUUGUAAGGUAUUUACGUUUAGGUAAAUUACGUUAAAAAAGCUUAAAUUAUUAGUAAUUUAAAAGUAACUACUAUAAUGGUUAUUAUUUUAGCUAUUAUGAAUAUUAUAGGAAUAGGUAUUGGAUGGAUUUUAAGCGGUUCAGAAAAUUACAUAUGAGUAUUUAUAUGAGUAUAAGUGCAGGUGCAUUCUUUUAUGUAACAACUAUUGAAAUUUUAUAAUAAGAGUUUAGUGAUAUAAAAUAUAGGUUUUAAAAAUUUUUAAUUUUUAUAAUUGCAGUAGGAUUAGUAAGCAGUUUUUGGUUUUUAGAAUAAGAUAUAAAGCAUGGACGUUGAAGU